AUGACGUCUAAUGACGUCAUCCAUGUCGACACACGACAAUUUAAUUUUAAAAAAAAGUUCUCUGUUUCACAAUUUCAAAUUCCAAAUGGUUUGAACGUCUCACGCGCUCACGCAUAUUUGCCGAGUUUCGUGCAGCCAAUCGGUAAUGUGACCGCGGCCAUUGGCAAGGAGGCGAUUCUACCGUGCACGAUCCGGAAACUAGGAAACCACAAGGUGGGAUGGAUCCGCGUGGAGGAUAAGACGAUACUGUCGAUGGGCCAACGAACGGUGACCCACUCGCCCCGGUUUCUCGUCACGCUGGAGAACGCCAAGUCGAAGAAUCAGAGCCGAUCGAGGGAGGAGGAGGAGGCCACCUCGCGGCUCCACAUUCGCCAGCUUCGGGAAGCCGACCGUGGCUGCUACAUGUGCCAACUGAACACGAAGCCGAUGUUGAGCCAGCUGGGAUGCGUGGAUGUCCUAGUGCCGCCGGAUAUACUUAGCUCCGGCACAUCGGAGGGGGAGGUCUCCGUUUUGGAGGGUGAGAACGCCACCCUCUCGUGCAAGGCCUCCGGGAGGCCGUCACCUCGCGUGCUCUGGCGACGCGAGAAAAGUGGCUCCAUACUUAUGAGGGGUCUCCACGAUCCGCUGAUACCAGUGGACAACCAGUCCGGCGAGAGGCUGGAAUUAACCAAGGUGGACAGGAGGCAAAUGGGAGCUUACCUUUGUAUAGCGAAAAACGAAGUGCCCCCGGCAGUCAGCAAGAGGGUCUAUCUCAGAGUGAACUUUCCACCGAGCGUGAAGGUUCCGAAUCAAUUGUUGAGCUCCCCAUUGGACACGGACGUAUCCCUCAUCUGUCUGAUCGAGGCUUACCCAAAGACCAUCAACCUGUGGACUAGAAAGGAGCAAGUCAUUAUGAGCGGCGGCAGAUACGAAAUCGACGAGAGGGGACAUCCGGACGAGGAGUGGAAGACAACGAGCGAGCUGAAGAUAAGACGUUUAGAGAAAACGGAUUUGGGGGAGUACACGUGUUCAGCGUCGUCAAGCAUGGGGAAAGCCAACGCCACCCUCAGGGUGCACGGUGAGUCGAGCCACGCGCGAUCCACGAACGCCUCAAAUACGCGCCAACGUCGAACGUGUGUCCUUCGCCAGACACGUAUGCGUACGCGUAAAUUUUCCAUUCGCCUCGUUGACGCUUUCCCAUUCGCGAUUUGCCCGGGAAAG